AUGACCAAGGAACAUAAAAAAGAUUCACGUGAUCGGAACCCCGAUGUGACCAACGGCAUUCCAAACAAACGUAAAAGGGCAUCUAUUCACCAGGGUGAAGGAAGCGAUGAUCGUACACAACCCCCGAGAGGCACAUUAUCUUCAUUGGAACGUAAAGCAGCUUCUGUCGCAUUUGAUCUUAAUCUUUCAGGUGCUGAGUAUACAAGGGUUGUGGAGCUGGUUCAAGAUGCGUUUGACGAAGGGAAAGGAUCUCGCGACGACACUGCAUUGUCCGUGAAUACGUUAAAAAAGAUCAAGACUAGGCUACAACAGGACGCUGAUCCAUGCUCGAUAGUGCCUUUCACGCACAAUAGCAUUGACGUCUCCCAAGCGCCUGAUUUUCCUACAAGUCACAUUCGUGAAUUCAAUGAUACUGUUGGCCCUUUGACCCUCGUAUAUCGAAAUAUUCGUGAUUUGUGCGAGCUUCUAUUCUCUCAUCCUGCAUUCGCAGAGACUAUGAUUUUGAAACCGAAAGUAUAUAUGAAAAGUGGAUGCCGGGUUUAUAAAGGACUUGAUUCCGGGAGAUGGUGGGAGGAACUUCAGAACGCUUUUUGGGACGUUCCUCUUUUUGAUAUAUAUACAUCGCUUACAGUGGAUGAUCUUCAUCAACUAGGGGGUGUUUAUAAGCAUUUACUUAAGUGUUUGGAAUCAUUCCUCAACGAAGAGGCUGACGGCAAGACCAAGAUCAAAAUGAUCAAUGCAAGAUCCAAGAUAUUGCCACAAUAUAGUAAUUUGAAACGAUUCAACAAUGGGUUCCUGCUUAGCUUUCUCAAGAAUCCAACAUUCAAUGAGCUGUGUGCUCAUAUGGCGGUUGUCAUGUGCCUGAUUCACGAUUUGAUACCUCUUCAAAUGGCCCUUACUUUUCGUUAUUUCAUUGACUUCUUUCAACAAGCGACCGCCAAGGAACAUACAGAGGAUUCACUUGCGGCGAUGUCACGAUCUUUGAAGAAUUAUUACAAAUACAGUGCGAUUAUGGAACAAUUCUCUGCUAGUGGGAUGAGCUUUCCAAAGAAUCAUGCUCUACUCAAAUAUGCUGGUGACAUCCGACAAUUUGGCACCAUAUCCAGUUUCAGCACUACCCAUUCUGAAAGACAGCACAAACGUGAUUCCAAGGAUCCUGCGAAGCAUGUGAACCGCGCCAAUUGUAAUGCUACAAAGCAGAUGAGCGAUUACGUAUUCCAUCGCGAUUUGUUGGAUGAUACUUACUAUAAUGAAGAUGCGCAUAUACCAGACAAUACUUGUCCACCAAAGUCUCUUUAUACGCUAUGCUCAAAGGUAUCUUCAGCACCUGUCACCAUCAUGAAGCUUACCAAAACAAGGCCUGAUUGCCAUGAUCUUGACGCUCUCAUUAAAGUAUACAUUGAAGAACGAUUUAGACAGCAACCUGCAAGCGAAAGAGAAAGUACAUGGGUCUAUGAUUGCACGAAGGUUUAUGCAUACCAGCAAUUGACGGUUGUAGAGGUUGAUGAGGAUGAUGGAUAUCGCAAGUCCUUUAUACGAGCACACCCUUCUUUCUUUGGAAAUGCGCGAUUCGAUUACGUUGCAUUGAAGGAUAAUGGUGUUGGACAAGCAUUGUUGUUCUUAGAGAUAACGCUUUGUGGAAGGGACGAGACACUACAGCUAUGCCUAUUGAGAAGAUUCACAUCGAUGCCUGGUCGUCAUGCUAGUGGAUUACAAACGUUGCAUGUAGAGGAUGAUUUGAAGAUUGUUUCGCUUGACCUAAUUCUACGUCCUAUACACGUUGUUCCCGAGUUUUCAACCAUGUAUACGGCAGUCGAUGGAUCUAAGCUCUAUCACCAAUAUCUCCUUAAUCAUGAUGUGAAUCGAUACGAAUGGUCUCGCGGAGUAAACAAUCGUUUACACAUCCAAAAAGGCGAUCGUGUCAGCUGGGAAAUCAAAGGUGCUAAGAGGAUCCCGCCAGAGUAUAAGCAAUACGACAGCGAUGGAAAUAAUCAAGAACACGGCAAUAUGAAGUAUAAGGGAUAUAACGAUGAAGAGGAGGAUCAUGAAUACAUGCCGUAA